CUCUUUUCCUCCCUACCCCAAAACCUGGAUCUUGCGAAUUUGAGUUCGGUAAGUGAAUGAAUGAAGUUGUAAUCGGAGACUGCGAAUCCUUGAUUGAGUAGUCGAACAUUUCAUCAAGGUAUCUACCCACGAGGCUCUGAUUCAUGACCGAGUUUCUAGUUCUUCUCUGUUCACUAGUAAGCACAGGAGAAAUUUCCAGAGAUUUCAUCGCUACACUGUUGAAUCUGCUAGUAAUCAUCACAUUUGCCUUUUGUUCAUGUUUUCGUUGAUACUCCAUGGAACAAGGUCGAGAUUUGCAGUGACCCUUUUCCGAAAUGCAUCUUGUUUCUCCUCUGCUGCAGAUGUGAGCUUUCGAGCUGGUCGAAAAGAGCAGACUUUCACAGUCUCUUACCUUGUUGAUUCAUUGGGGUUCACUAAAAAACAUGCAGAAUCGAUCUCGAGGAAAGUCAGCUUCGAUGGCAAAGGAAAGAAUCCUGAUUCCGUUCUGAAUCUCUUUAAAGCUCAUGGCUUCACAGAUUCUCAGAUAUCCACCAUCGUUACUGCUUAUCCAGAGUUGCUUUUACUUGACGCUGAGAAGUCUCUUGGUCCCAAGCUUCGGUUUCUUCACUCCAGAGGAGCUUCAAGCUAUGAGCUCGCUGAGAUCAUUUCCAGAGUUCCAAAGAUAUUGGGAAAGAAAGGGGACAAAACUCUCAGCUUAUACUAUGAUUUCGUCAAAGAUGUUAUUGAAGCUGAUAAAAGCUCAGAGUUUGAAAUCGAAAAGUCUCGUCAUUCUUGGCCAGAGGGUAACAACAAUAAGCAGUCGAACAAAUUUCGAAAUGUAUUGGUUUUGAGAGGAUUAGGCAUGCCUCAGAAGCUUUUGUUCCCUUUGCUCAUCUCGGAUUACCAACCUGUCUAUGGCAAAGAAAAAUUUGAAUCAUCACUCAAGAAAGUGGUCGACAAGGGCUUUGAUCCGACCACCUCAAGGUUUGUCCAAGCGCUACACGUUGUUUACCAAACAAGCGACGAAACUAUCGAAGCGAAAGUUGAUGUCUUUAAAAGUUUAGGCUUCUCCGUGGGAGAUGUAUGGGAGAUUUUCAAGAAAUGGCCUUUCUCUCUGAAGUUCUCGGAGAAGAAGAUAAAUCAGACGUUUGAAACACUCAAGAGGUGCGGUCUGCUCGAGGAAGAGGUCCUCUCAGUGUUGAAGAAGUUUCCGCAACUCAUUCGCCUUUCAGAGCAGAACAUAGCUAACUCCGUUGAAACAUUUGUAGGUCUAGGAUUCAGCAGAGAUGAGGUCACAUUGAUGAUCAAGCGUUUUCCUCAGUGUCUUAAUUUAUCUGCAGAGACGGUUAAGAAGAAGACUGAGUUUCUUGUGAAGAAGAUGAGUUUGCCACUAAAGGCUGUGGUUUCAAACCCUCAGGUUCUUGGAUACAACAUGGAGAAGAGGACUGUCCCAAGGUGUAACGUAAUCAAAACUCUCAUGGCAAAAGGAUUGAUCGGAAGUGAACUCCCUUCAAUGUCAUUUGUGUUGGCGAUUAACGAUCAAGCUUUCUUGAACAAGUAUGUGAGGAAGCUCGAUAACAAGAAGCUUGUUGCUGAGUUGAUGGCUAUCUUCACCAGAGUUUGUAAGGCACACCUAGAAGACUGAGCAACGUUAAUGAUUUUUAUUUUUGUUUUUUGUGAGUUUAAGCAUCAUCGUUGUUGAUUUGUGAACUUACA